AUGGAUCUCACAGCCAAGAUGGAAAUUAGCAUGAGCCAGCAGCAACUGAUGCCACCCGCCUGUUUCUUCACGGCGGCGGCGCAGAGCAUCCAGCUGAGCCCCAGCAGCAUCAGCAGCCUCAGCAGCAGCACCAGCAGCAGCACCAGCAGCCAGUGCGGCGGCGGGGGGGGAAGCAAGUCCGCCUGCAAGCAGCCCAAGAGGCAGCGCUCCUCCUCCCCGGAGCUGCUGCGCUGCAAGCGGCGGCUCAACUUCGCCGGCUUCGGCUACACCCUCCCGCAGCAGCAACCGCACGCGGUGGCGCGCCGCAACGAGCGCGAGCGCAACCGCGUCAAGCUGGUCAACAACGGCUUCGCCACGCUGCGCGAGCACGUGCCCAACGGCGCCGCCAACAAGAAGAUGAGCAAGGUGGAGACGCUGCGCUCCGCCGUGGAGUACAUCCGCGCCCUGCAGCAGCUGCUGGACGAGCACGACGCGGUGAGCGCCGCCUUCCAGGCCGGCGUGCUGUCGCCCGCCAUGUCGCAGGGCUACUCCGCGGACAUGAACUCCAUGGCGGGCUCGCCCGUGUCCUCCUACUCGUCCGACGAGGGCUCCUACGAGCCCCUCAGCCCGGAGGAACAGGAACUCCUAGACUUCACCAACUGGUUCUGA